GUUAACGCAUAGUCGCUGAUCGGGCAUAGUCUGGUCCAGGAGAGACUUGGGCUGGCACUGUGAAGGAUUCUCUCCCCCCAUUCGUGUUUGAAAGAAGGAAAAAAAAAACUAUUUUCCUACCAUGGCUUCCUCCGCUAUCAAGUCCUUUUACGACCUGAGUGCCAAGGCUCUCAGCGGCGAGAUGGUGUCGUUCAAGAAGUACCAGGGCAAGGUGGUGCUGGUGCAGAACACGGCGUCGCUCUGAGGGACGACCACCAGGGACUUCCACCAGAUGAACCAACUCAAGGAAGAGUUCGGCGACAAGCUGGAAGUCCUGGCCUUCCCCUGCAACCAGUUCGGGCACCAGGAGAACACCACCGAGGGAGAGUUGCUGAGCUCCCUCCGCCACGUCCGUCCUGGCAACAACUUCGAGCCCAAGAUGGUGAUGUUUGGCAAAGUCGAUGUCAACGGUUCAACAGCUGAUCCCGUCUUUAAGUACCUGAAGGAGCGUCUGCCACUGCCAGCUGACGACAGCGUGAGUUUCAUGUCAGAUCCAAAGUGUAUCAUUUGGACACCUGUCUGCCGCUCUGACAUCGCCUGGAACUUCGAAAAAUUCCUCAUUGGAAAGGAUGGACAGCCGUUUAAGAGGUUCAGCAAGAAGUAUGAAACCAUACUGCUUAAAAAUGAAAUCGCAAACUUGCUGUAAACUUAAGAAAAGAUAUUCAAAGAAGACCCGGUGACCAAGACACAUAAGAAAAUGAGACAAAAAUAGAAUAUAUUUCCAAGAACCAGUAACAAAACAACAGAAAACGGCGAAAUAGAAAACGAGAAAACGGCAAAAUAGAAAACGGAAAAGCGGCGAAAUGGAAAACGGAGACAUAGAAAACGGGAAACCACUCCAACAGCCGUACUCCGAACAGCUGAUCCCUCUCCCGUGCAAAAAGGGCUCUUCAGGACGUCAGCAAUGAAGGGAAUCCUAUAAACACUACUAAAGUGCUAGGGUUCCUGGAUGAUAUAUUUUCGAGGUCCUGGGGCUCAAGGAUUUUUUUUUCUUUUUUUUUUUUGCAUGGGACGUAGGAUCAGUUAGGAGUUUAUUAAGAUACUUUUUUUCAAAAUAUUAUGUUAAAGAUUUUUUUUUAAUGUCUUGUGUGUUAGUGGCAUCGCGUAUUAUAUAUUUGGAACAAGUCGAUGUGAAUUUUAUAUUAAAAGGACAUAAUUUACUAAA